CAAAGUCGGAUUUGACUGAUCCUAAUUCUGAUUCAACUUACUCUAACAAUGCGAGAGCUGAUAAUGAUAUUGCAGUAAGAGCGAAUGAAUUGAAUGAAGAAAGAGCGGAUGAAACUGUUGAUUAUAGCGAGGAAGAAAAGAGUGGAUGUGACA